AUGCAGUUCUCCCUCGCCGCGCUCCUCCUGGGCGCCCUGCCCGCGGCCCUCUCGGCGGCGUCGACGCCGGCGACGACGUCGGUGACGCUGGCGAUCCCGCCGUCGCAGCACCUGCCGAACCCCAACGGGCUGCCGCCGGCGACGCACGCGACGCUGACGACGCUGCGCACGACGCACCGGGCGCCGCUGACCGUGGCCAACACGUUCGUCUUCCACAACGUCAGCGCCGGCUCGUACCUGGCCGACGUGCACUGCCCGACCCACGGCUUCGCGCCCCUGCGCGUCGACGUGCUGGCCGCCGGCGCCGAGCACGACGCCCGCCUGAGCGUCCGCGCCUGGGAGACCUUCCGCGGCAACGAGUGGGGGAACAAGGGCGAGGCCGCCCCCGAGGCCGCUGCCGCAGAUGGCGGGUUCGCCGUCCGGUGCCUGGGAUCCAAGGUCUUCUUCCAGGAGAGGGGGAAAUUCUCCAUUUUCGCCAUCCUCAAGAACCCUAUGAUCCUGCUGAGUCUGGUGAGCUUGGGUAUCUUCAUUGGCAUGCCAAAGCUGGUCGAGAACAUGGACCCCGAGAUGCGUGCCGAGUGGGAGGAACAGCAGAAGAGCAACCCGGUGAGCAGCCUCAUGAGCGGCGGCCAGCCGGGCGCAAACCCCAUGGGCAGCUUCGAUAUGGCGGCUUUCCUGGCGGGCUCUGGCGAUAAAGGCGAAGGUGCCUCUGGCAACGGAGGCAAGAAAGGUGCCAAGAAAAACCAGUAG